UGUGCGUGUGCGUUGUCGCGGCCGUCCAACACGCCGUUACGACAAACGCGUCAACCAAAAUCCGUCAAACUGGCCGCCUCAAUAGCAAUGAAUCCCCACUACCAUCCGUACUCGGAUCUAUCCUCACCGCACUCGCCCAGUCCGGACAAUGCCGGCAGCUACCCACAGCUAACGCCCCACCAUAAUGGACAUGGGGGCGGUGGCGGCGGUGGUGGUGGUGGUGGCGGUGGUGGUCCAAACGCGAUGGUCAGUCAGAUGGACGGUCAGCAAGGAUUCCACCAGAUGAACAGUGGUAAUGGUGGUGGACCGGUCAAACAUUGCGCAGGAUGUGGAGGCAAAAUCACGGAACGAUUCUUCCUGCACGCACUGGACCGAUACUGGCACAACUCCUGCUUGAAAUGCUCCUGCUGCGGAGCGAUGCUGGCCGAUAUCGGUUCCAGUUGCUACACCCGCAGUGGCAUGAUACUCUGCAAAGCCGAUUACUCCAGGUUAUUCGGUUCCGGUGCUUGUUCCGCCUGCCAUCAAACGAUACCCGCCAACGAGUUCGUAAUGCGAACGACGUCCCACACGACGAUAAACAACAACCUGAACAAUGCCGCCAACAACAACAAUCAAAAUGGCACCGUCAACAACAACAACAAUAACAACAACAAUGGCCAAUCCGUACCGCAGCACCACGUGUUUCAUCUGAAGUGCUUCCAGUGCUCGAAAUGCGGGAGCCAUCUGGUGCAGGGCGACCGGUACUACAUGCUCGGCGGUAGCUUAGUGUGCGAACCGGACUGGCACAAGCUAGUGAAGACGACCAACAACCAAACCAACCCGCCGCUGCGCAAGGGCAAGGUCGGAAGGCCCCGGCGCUCCCGCGACUGAGAUGGUCCCCGGCUGGGUCGUCCGCCGAAAAUGAAACGUCCGCCCGUGCCCGUCCAGCAGCAGCCACCGCCACCCUCGCAGCCGCCCCCGUCCGCGUCCUCCGUGCACCCGUCCGGGCUAGCCGUGGACGAUGCGCU